CAGCUGAGCGUCAGUUUAGUUUCGCGCUGCCGACACAGCGGCAACAGUUUUAAAGCUGCCUUUCGCGUUUUUAGUGUAAGUGCUAGCAACAGUCACUAACAAACAGCCACAUGUAUUGCAACUAAUACACACUGAACAUACGCACAGCUUCCGAACUGUGCUGUACCCGUGCCUUCCGAACCUGCCAUAGAUGCUGCGACGCGUGCUGGGCUAUGGCGUCCUGGGCGCUGGCCUUGUCAGCACCGGUUUGAGCCUGCAUACAAAUGACUAUGAGAUCAACUCGCUGGGCAUUGUGCGGCUGACGCGUUCGGCCUGUGCCGUGGUCGACGUGGCGCUCACCUACAAGCGGGAGCUGUACUACAAGGAGUGGGACAAGACGACGCCCGAGUACAAGGCCGAAAAGAGUCGCGUGCACAAAAUCGCCGCCGAGAAGCUGCUGCAGCUGAUCUGCACCAAUAGGGGCGUCUAUAUCAAGGUGGGUCAGCAUAUCGGCGCUCUGGAGUACCUCUUGCCCAAGGAAUUUGUGCAGACAAUGAAAGUGUUGCACUCGGACGCGCCACAGAAUCCCAUUGAGGAUUUGUAUAAGGUAAUCAGGCAGGACUUAAAACGCAAUCCGGAGGAUAUAUUCGAUAGCUUCGAGCGUGAGCCACUGGGCACCGCCUCAUUGGCGCAGGUGCACAAGGCGCGUCUAAAGACGGGCGAAAUUGUGGCGGUCAAGGUGCAACAUCCCUAUGUCAAGGGCAACUCGCGUGUGGACAUGAAGACCAUGGAAAUGGCUGUCAAAGUGCUGGCGCGCAUAUUUCCCGACUUCAAGAUACAAUGGCUGGUCGAGGAGUCCAAGAAGAAUCUGCCCAUUGAGCUGGACUUUCUCAAUGAGGGCCACAAUGCCGAAAAGGUAGCCGAGCACUUCAAGAAGUACAGCUGGUUGCGUGUGCCCAAAAUCUAUUGGGACCUGAGCACAUCACGUGUGCUGGUCAUGGAGUAUCUGGAGGGCGGGCAUGUGACCGAUUUGAAGUACAUCAAGGAUCACAAAAUUGAUAGCUUCGCGGUCGCCAGCCGAAUUGGUCAACUCUACUCGGAGAUGAUCUUCUCCACGGGCUUCGUGCACAGCGAUCCACAUCCGGGCAAUAUACUUGUGCGUCAGACACCCAAAAACAAUCUAGAAAUAAUACUGCUAGAUCACGGACUCUAUGCCAACCUGAGCGACAAGUUUCGCUAUGAAUACUCCAAGCUCUGGCUGAGCAUACUGAAUGUCGAUCGCAAGUCAAUGCGCCAGCACAGCGAGCAGCUGGGCAUCAAGGGUGAUCUGUACGGCUUGUUUGUGUGCAUGGUGACGGGUCGACCCUGGGACACGCUCAUGCAGGGCAUUACCAAAGUCAAAUAUUCCAAAGAAGAGAAGAAUACGCUGCAGAUAAACACAUCGCUGGUGCUGCCCCACAUUUCGGAUGUGCUGGAGCAGGUGGAUCGCCAAAUGUUGCUCAUACUGAAGACAAACGAUCUGAUACGCGGCAUUGAGGCGACGCUGCGCACACAGAAUCGCAUGACCGCCUUCUGGGUGAUGUCCAAGUUCUGUGUGCAAUCAUCAUAUGCGGAGCAGCGUGCCCAACAGACGGUGGCUGCCAAACGCUGGCAUUUGCAGCUGCGCGAACGCUGGGAGCUGUUCAAGCUAAAUAUCUACUACCUCUAUUUGGGAUUGAUUAACUUUGGCUUCCUCACCGCGCUCAAGCAGGUGCUCUAGUCGGCUGCAGUUGUUCGUCCCGGUAUUGAAUUAAAGUACAAAUUAAAGGGAAA